GCUGUACUGUGAUCCUGAUUUUUAACUUUCAACGCCUGCACUUAAGCUUCACCCUUGACAAUGUCCACACUUGAACAAGCCAGUGCCAGUCCGAUGCCAAACGGCAUAACUGAUCCUAACUUCCGUCCACUGCCAGGGCGGGUUGGAAACCUCACCGUCCCGCAACAACAUGCCCUUCAGACCUUGAAGAAUCAGCUCCACGAUGAAGGCCAUUUCGUUGAGGAGAGAAUGGACGAUCCGAUGCUGCUACGAUAUCUGCGGGCACGCAAAUUUGAUGUCCCAAAGGCAAAAGCGAUGUUACUAGCUGCUGAGCAGUGGAGACAGGAUAUGAAGGUAGACGACAUCGUGCAGAGCUUUGUCUUCACCGAGAAAGAGCAAGUCGAUCAAUACUAUCCUCAAUACUACCAUAAAAUGGACAAGGAUGGCAGACCGGUCUACAUCGAGCGGCUCGGCAAGCUCAAUGUCCCAGCACUUUACGGCAUCACUACAAAGGAACGGUUGCUCCAGCGUCUCAUCCUCGAGUACGAGAGGUUUCUCACAGAUCGUCUCCCGGCAUGCUCUGCAGCUGUUGGUCACCCCGUCGAGACGGUCUGCACCAUCCUUGAUCUGAAAGGCGUUUCCCUCUCUUCCUUUUACCAAGUCAGAGACUACGUAAACGAGGCUUCAAAGAUCGGACAGGACCGAUAUCCGGAAUGCAUGGGCAAAUUUUACAUCAUCAAUGCGCCGUGGGGCUUCUCUACCGUGUGGUCGUUGAUCAAACCUUGGCUGGAUGAAGUGACUGUAUCGAAGAUAGAGAUUCUUGGGAGUUCAUACCAACAGAAGUUAUUACAGGAAAUCCGUGCAGAGGAUCUUCCUGCAGAUCUGGGUGGCAAGUGCAGAUGUGCAGGCGGGUGCUCGCUGAGCGACGCAGGACCAUGGAACCCGAAUGAGAAGACAGGGAAUGGUGUUGCUUAGAGAUAGAUAUCCUACGAGCGAGCUGGUGGGCAUGCUCUGGCGGUAGUCAUCUACGUAUACAACGUACUUAAUGGAUUGUCGU